CCCGCUGCUUCAUUAAGGAGGUUCUAGUUACUGAAAUUCGGGUGCUAAAAGAUCUUCAUGUUACAUUGUCUCGGAAUACGUUUCCAUUCACUCGCUCGAGAAGCUUUUUACGUCGCCUUGUUUUUGGAUGGUUGAAAUUUCACCGACAUUCGCACUUUUACAGGUUGUACAGCGAGAGUCUCCGCGCUGCUCCGCUCUCCGUGUCUCUGCCUCGCUUUAGUAACGUUAGUUCAUGUAGCCGUUGUGGUUUAAAGCUAGCCGCGGCGCUACAGCUUCACUGGCGGCUAAUGAGGCGAAGAGGACCGACACCAUCCAGAUUAGCGAACUGCUGCGGUCAAAGACUUUCAAAACGAGAAACCCAUCGUUAAAGGGCAGCAGCAGCUAGCUGGCUAGCUGCUUUCGCUGAGCGGAGGAGACGGGGCUGAGAAAAAGGAGGAACGCCUGUAAUGGCAAACGAGCCUGUUAUUCUGAACGUGUAUGACAUGUACUGGAUCAAUGAGUUCACUACCUCUCUGGGUAUCGGGGUCUUUCACUCAGGGAUUGAGAUUUAUGGCAGAGAAUUUGCUUAUGGGGGACAUCCAUAUCCAUUUUCAGGUAUAUUUGAGAUAACACCUGGUGAUGCCACAGAACUUGGGGAGACGUUUAAAUUCAAAGAAGCUAUCGUUCUAGGGAGUACAGACUUCACAGAAGAGGAUGUGGAGCGAAUCAUGGAGGAGUUGGGAAAGGAGUACAAGGGGAAUGCCUACCACCUCAUGCACAAGAACUGCAAUCAUUUUUCCUCAGCACUGUCAGAGAUCCUGUGUGGUCGUGAGAUCCCGCGCUGGGUGAACAGACUGGCCUACUUCAGCUCCUGUGUGCCCUUUCUGCAGAGCUGCCUGCCUAAGGAGUGGCUAACGCCAGCCGCACUGCAGUCCAGCGUAAGUCAGGAACUGCAGGGAGAGCUGGAGGAGGCCGAGGACGCCGCCGCCUCUGCCUCCACGCCUUCCUGCGCUGUGGCGCCGGCCCCGAUCCCCAGACCCACCAGACACCAGCCACGACGAUAGACCCUGUUGCCUUGACUGACAGGCCUCAGAGACUGGCCAUUGCUGCCAAUAGAGCCCAGCCCUUCCAGUAACAAAACCUGCAGUUCACCAGCAGUGUGGAUAAGCCCUGCCCUAUUGGUAUGGGCCCUACCUUAUUGGUUUUAUCGUUUGUUUUUUUGUUUUUUGUAUUUGUUCUGGGCCCACAGAACUUUCUGACUGCUUUACUGAAAAACACUCAGAGGUGGUUUGUCAGUGUUUGAAACAUUUUUUCCUGACAUUUGACGUUUUGUUUUGGAUACUCAGGACAGAAAGACACUUUGUACAACGUUCCAUUGAAUCACCUUUAGUUUUCUUUUCUUUCUCCUUUGGUAAUGUUACUGUAAUGCUUUUGCAACGCUGGAUUUUCUCACUAGCCUUUCUUUCCUCCAUCCCUGAAGAAAGGGCCUCCAUGUAUCUUUUUUUCAGGGGGAGCUUUCUGUUUACAACUUUGUGUUUCUGACCAUGUAUGUGUGUUCUGGUUACAGAAAAAGCUGCCACCUGGGCCAAAUUACCCCACUUUUGUAAUGACACACAUCCUAUGUCUACCCACCUUGGUGAUUGUGCCUAAAGAUUUUUACUGUUACUUGCUCGAAGAGCUCUGCACUCUUUCUCUACAGUUUACCUGUCAGUCUGCUCUGAGUAGCAGACUCCUUCGUACCCUGAAAAACCUACUUCAGAUGAUGGUUUUACACCUUUUAGGUUUUUAGAGUCUUCUAUGUAUUGGAGAAACUGUUUGUAUUCCAUUUUAUGACUAUUAAAAGACAUACAAUUUU